AUGGAUCCCUUUUCUCUUCAUUCUCCCGGGUUUGUGAACCUAUUAUCUUCCCAGUGCACUCAAACCACUCAAACCAUAGAUGUAGGGUCCUCCGAUGUUCCUAAACCGGUGGAGAGGAGAAAGUGGACAACAGAAGAAGACAUUGUCCUCAUCAGUGCCUGGUUGAACACCAGUAAGGAUCCCAUAGUUAGUAACCAACAGAAGUUAAGGUCUUUUUGGAAAAGAUUAGAGGAUUAUUUUAAUUCAAGCCCUCAGCUCACUGGCUUUGCUCCUAGAGAGUGGAGUCAGUGUAAGCAGAGGUGGGGAAGGGUUAAUGAGCAGGUGUGUAAGUUUGUGGGAAGCUAUGAGGCGGCUUUGAAGGAGCAAGCUAGUGGCCAAAAUGAUAACGAUGUCAUGAAGUCUGCUCAUGACAUCUUCUUUAACGACUACCAGGUGAAGUUCACACUUGAACACGCGUGGAGGGAGCUGAGGUUUGAUCAAAAGUGGAGAUUGAACUUUUUCUCAAAAGAUGGUGCAAAGGAGAAACGGAAGGAAGCUGCAGAGUCAGUCCCUGACUCGGAUGAGGCUAGGCCUCCUGGUGUUAAGGCUUGCAAAGCAGCCAAACGCAAGAAAAAGGGGAAUGAAGCAGUGAAGGUUGUUGGUUCUGGAGGUCACGGGUUUUACAAGGUUUCUUGCUUCUGCAUGUCACGGGUUCUAUCUCUUUACUGGCGCAGCACGUUUUAUUCUGAGGUUGAUGGGUUCUGCUUCACGGGUUAUCGUAGUAGUAGUAAUAGUACUUAG